GGUCAUUAUCGGUAAGUACGAAAAAGUCCGUUCUCAGUUGAGAGAGUGGGUGAGUGAGUGUGUGUGAGAGGCGGAGUUUUUUUAAAAAAGCGCUUUGACGCAUUUUGGGCUUAUCGCUCUCUCUCUUUUCUUAACCUGUUCACUACGAAGAGCAUUUCGUUAAUGGUGGAUCUUACUCACUGAGUCGAAUCGUUCACUGAGCCGAAGCGAGUACGAGAUCGACAACAAUGUUGGACGGACUUCUCGGCCGAGGCUUUGCCUCCAAAUGUAAGUCGUUGAUUAAACUGACGAAGACUCGGAUCGAUGUGAUACGGAGGAAGAGAAAGGCGACUGAGAAGUUUUUGAAGAAAGAUGUGGCUGAUUUGCUUGCGAAUGGCCUCGAUAUCAAUGCUUAUGGAAGAGCUGAUGGACUUCUAGCGGAAUUGAUGCUUUCAUCAUGUUAUGAUUUCGUUGAGCACUCGUGUGAUUUCGUAUUGAAGCAUCUUUCCAUAAUGGAAAAACAGAGUGAAUGCCCUGAGGAAUGUAGGGAAGCUGUGUCAUCCCUGAUGUUUUCUGCUGCAAGAUUUUCAGAUUUGCCAGAAUUACGUGAUCUCAGGCAAAUGUUUCAAGAGAGAUAUGGGAAUUCCCUGGAAUUAUUUGUGAAUCAAGAGUUUGUAACACAUUUAACUUCAAAGCCAACUACAUUGGAGAAGAAAGUUAAGUUAAUGCAAGAUAUAGCACGGGAGUUUUCAAUAAAGUGGGAUGCUGGGGCUUUUGAAAAGAGGAUGUCUAAACCCCCCACAUAUGUACAGAACCAACCUAAAACUUAUGGGUCUUUCAAUGUCGUUGAUGAAAAAACCAAAUCAUCCAGUGGUAUGAAGACAGUCUCAAGAGGAGAGAAGGAUGAUUUUUUAUAUAAAGAAAGACUUGACCUUAAUUAUGAUGGGCAUAAAUUAUGCAAUGGCAAAGAGGGUAGUUUAUCAAAAAGAGAAGAACUAGACCUUCCAUCUAGACGUGAACUCUCUGGCAAGGGAUACAAGGCACUCAAUGGCAGAGAAGAAACUAUCCUGAAAAAGGAUGGUCAUGACACGCCAUUCGAAGGAAGGCAGGAGAUUGCUGAUGACAAGCAUGAAGAACGUAAUUGGAUGGGAGAUGCCACCCCAAAGCCAGUUAGAUCUAGCAGUUCAUCUCGGGGGAAAAGAGUAGAAUGCAUUGAUGGUGGAUCCUGUUUGCUUAAUGGUAGGGAGAAUACUGCCCUUGAAAGAGACUACCCAGGAUCAUUACUUAAAGGAAAGCCAGAAAUUACUUCUAGCUGUGCUGGACUGCAGUCGAAGAGCAAUGUUAAAGAACCAUUUGCAGGUAAUAAUCAUGCUGGUCAACUUGAUGAUACAAGCUCAGUGAGGAAAGUUGAACGGAAUGAAAUAAAUAAGGUGAAGCCCUAUCACAAUAGCGGCAUCCCUCCUCCUUAUGUUAAGUCCAAUGUUAAAACAAAGGCUAGCAGAUCUGGGUUCGAUUCAGGAUCCUCAUUGUCUAGUUUGGACAAUGAUGCCCUUGUAGACCAUUCAAUGCACAAGAGAGGCAAUGCUGGUAAUACUUCAGGAAGGAUCCAAUCAGGUUCUGAUUAUUCUGACUAUGAGAGGCAGGUUGUCAGAUCUGCAAGUGUGAGUGAUCAUGGUCAAGAGAAAGAUCUUUAUCAGGAUAAUACAACUGGUAACCCCUUACCAAAAUCAAAAUCAUCCAGGAGGAGACACUUAAAAUCACAUUCCCAUCACGAUGAUGCUGGCUACUUUGAAGAUGCAGGAGUUGUUACAAGAAAAUCAAGAAGCAGGAGAAGGGAUGACUCGAGACGUGGCUUGCAAAUUUUGUUUGAUGAUGAGCACUAUCAGAAUGAGGCAGAAGAAAGGAUAUUGGAUAAAUUGCUGAUGCAGUAUAGCAAGAAACCAUCGUCCUAUGAACCAGGGAGGAUGAGAAGAAAGUCUAAACCUCAUCAUGCACAUCACAUGGGCAAUAAUGCAGAUGGAUUCCCACAGAAUAGCAAAGAUGGGGCUGAGGAGAAGUCAGAGGUUGUUCCUUCUCCAGCCCGGUCAGUUUCUCUUCCUCAUAAACAUACAGGUCCAUCAGAGGCAACCAAAGUUUUUUCCCGUGCUGCUUCUUUUCAGCCAGAUAGGUCAAAUCCAGCUCGGCAUGUGCAUCCUAAGUUGCCAAACUAUGAAGAUUUGGCUGCCAAGUUUGCGGCCAUGAGAGGAAGUUAAAAGGCUUGAGCAAUCAGUUACGAGUAUAAUUGCAACCAUUCUAAACUUCUUGCAUUUGUUUGCCUGAGUGGAUCACUGUUUUGGAAGAAAAUUAGCAUGGUUUACUCUCAUUACAAAUAGCUUGACUUACACUUGCAUUGUCUGCGUUUGGUAUGGCUCUACAUGUGUCUAGGGCUGGCAUUACUAUUUUCUUCAAUCCAUGGAGAAUGACAUCUAAAGGUUAUAUUCUAAAUUUCAAUACAGUUCCCAGACCCAUUGGUUGUGAGAGUUGUAACAAUGCAUGUAGCUUUAAUUGAUAAAGGGUUCCAUAUAUAGAAUUUAAAGAGUGAGAUUGCAUAUUGUAUUGUUCUUUGAACAAUAAAACAAGGGGUAUUAGAGUUCCACUGUCAAAGAUGAACACUUUUCGUGGUAAUUGACUACAGUUUUAGUU